CUUGCCGGGGGGGGGGGCGCCGGGGGCCAGCCGCGCGAGAGAGGCCCAUUGUUUUACGGGGUAUAUAAGAUGUCUGAGGCCAGUCGUGUGCCACACUCGUUGCUCACACGACUUGAUAGCGGCAGAGAUCACUUCAGAGACAAGAGGGGUCGCGUGUCCCGCCCGUCGCUUUUCUCCCCGCCGGGAUCUCCGAGGAAGAGAGACCUCGGCGCUCUCGCCGUCCUUCCGCUGCUGCACUCGGGGGCUGGGCGCGCGUGGAUGUGCGGACGGCCGCCCUGAGCAAGAUGUCCUCGGCCCUGGAGACCAGUUACUCUGACCUGGAGAGCAGCAGCGACGUGCCCUUUUGCCUCACGGACGAUGAAGGCAGCCUCAGCGGCCUACAGGCCCCUUCCCUGGCCGCCCCCAAGCGUCUCGCUUCCCCAGAGCGCGGCCUCGAGAAGGGCGAGGAAGAGAAGGACCGGAAGAGGCGUCGGGGGCGCACCAAGGUCAAGAACGAAGCUGUCCUGCACACGAUCAAGAAGACCAGGCGGGUCAAGGCAAAUGACCGGGAGAGGAACCGCAUGCACAACCUCAACGCGGCCCUCGACGAGCUCAGGAGCGUCCUCCCGACUUUCCCUGACGACACCAAGCUGACCAAGAUUGAGACUUUGCGCUUUGCCCACAACUACAUCUGGGCCCUCUCUGAGACGCUGAGGCUGGCUGAUCAGCGCCUCCAGAAACCUUCCAAAGAGAUGGUUCUGCCCAGCUUCUUGAGCUCCACAGACCCGCCCAGCCCUGGCAGUGACGCAGGCUCCUGGAUAUCCACUGCCUCUCCAGCCACCUCUUCGCUCUCCGCCUGCACUUCGAGCCCUGGCAGCCCAACAACAUCGGAAGACUGUUGUUAUGGCCAUACGGAGAACCUCUUCUCCUUCCGCUGCCUCCAUAAAGACUUGUUGCAGAGUACUUCUUGCUUUGUGCAGUACCAUUAGACGAGGGCGGUUUGCUCUUUGGCUGGGCAGUGCCCGUUCUCUUAGCAUUGCAAAAUGACCAGUGCUUGUCUCGGUGGCUUGGCCUGCUUGGGCUCUAGGCUCCCAUGAAAACACAGGGUGGAGAGGUGUACUUUGGGCCUCUUCACAUCAAAGCAAGCUCAGACUAAUGUCAUCUCCAACCCAAAAAGUCAGUGAUGUUAAGAAAUGUUCGCAUACACACCCAGAUGUGUGAACAACAUAAUGCAGUUUUUAGGCUGGCCUCCAGUUGGCUGUCAUGGCAUCAAGAUCCAGCUCACUAGAAGACUUUGCUCCCUUUGCUAAGAUUUUCUUUCUCUCUCCCUGCCCCUGCUUUUUAAUUUAAUUUUUUUUUCUUUGCACUUUUCUGAAUGUCACAAAUCCCACUUUGUUUCCUUCUUUUCCACUGGCCCUGAGCUCUUGGGCAUCAAUAUGAUUUAGAAAAGGGAAUAAAAGGGACAGAUUUGCUGCUACAGACAAGGUGAAAAGUCAAUUUUACAAUUUGUAGAACUCUAAUGAAGAAAAAUGAGCAUGAAAAUUUGGUUUGAACGCCCUGACAAUACAAUGAAAAGGCUUAGGGAGGGCUGAUUUGGCUGGGUGCACAGGGCCUCCUGCUAGGUACUUAGCUCACAAAAUUCUCAAUGACUCUAAUUGCUGUGGAUGGAGCUUUGCUUUUUUCUUGGCAGAGCUCUGAACCCUGACAUGAUCAGUCCCUAAAGAGGGCAGACAAGGAACUGGGUUCAUGCAUUAUGGAUCUUGACCUCUGCUGCUUCUGUCUUGUUUUUGAGUAGGACUAGACACAGAGCAUUCACUGACGGGGUCUCAUUCUAGCUUAAUUUAUUCAAGAACUUUCAUUCAUAUGAAAAUUGUAUUUUUGUACAUAAAGAGCUUUAUUAUUAUUAUUAUGUCUGCAUUGUCUUAAAAUGAGAUGCUGUACUUUUUAUAUAAAGAAAAUCUUGCUGUAAAUAAAUGUUGUUUUAUACAUUUAUAA